AUGGUGAAGUCUUUGUGGGCGUCUCACCCUCAUGAACUUUUAAAUAUCGUGAAUGUAUCCGUGGAGCACGCAUGGAUCCCCGGUGCCUGGAAAAUUGCGAGAGUGGCGGUCAUCAAGAAAGUUCCCUCGAGGGGCCUGGAGAUAGACAACGUCCGCCCAAUUGCACUGACUUCUGUCCAUUGCAAGACCAUAGAGCGCGUUUUGCACCACCGGCUCGAGUCUUACUUAGAGGCCUCAUCGGUGCUCAAUGAUAGCCAGAUUGGGUUCCGCCCUCGAUGCUCUAUCUGGAUGGCGCAUGUGAAUCUUGAAAGCCAGAUCCGCCACGCGCGCGAGACUGGAGAUAUCUCUGCCCUGGUUGCACUAGAUGUUGCUAAGGCUUAUGACAGCGUGGAGCACAGCGUCCUACUCCACAUAAUGGCUUCGGUGCGCGUUCCCCCCUACAUCAUCUCCUGGGUCGACAGCUUCCUUACAGGGAGGUCGUUCUUCUGUUCAGUUGGCCGCUUUACCUCCUCGCAGCAAGCUCAACACAGAGGCGUACCCCAAGGCUCCGUCCUGUCACCCCUGCUUUUUAAUAUCCUGAUGAGCUCUCUGCCCUUAGACCAGAACAUCCUCACCAUAACCUACGCUGAUGACAUAGCCUUCUUUGCCUCUUCCCCGUCGCUGCAACUGCUAUAUGAGAAGCUGCAAGAGUACCUCAACGCACUUUCCGCCUGGAUGCGCUCUGUUCACCUUCCGCUGAACGUCCAGAAGUGCGCGGUGCUCCUUUUCACACCCUCUAGUUACCCUUCGAGCCCUGUGACGAUCGAUCUCAAGGUUGCUUCCGAGUCCAUCCGCCAGACGAACCUGCUGAAAUACCUCGGUGUCUGGUAUGAGGGACACUUGGACUGGGCCCACCAUCUGGAGGUUGUCAGCCAAAAAGCCACGAAGGCAUGUAGCCUUCUCUAUCGCUGCUCCAGCACCCGUAUUGGGAUGCGCAGAAACGCCCUCCUGCUCGUUUACAAGUGCUACAUCCGUCCUGUCCUGGAAUUCGGCUGCGUCCUUUUCUCCCACCUCCCUGAUUACCGCCUCCGAAGGCUCUUCAUCAUCGAGAGGAAGGCGCUACGUCUCUGUUUGGGCCUCCCUAAAUACACCUCGAAUCAAGCACUAUACUGCGAAGCACGCAUCCUCCCUCUGAAAUCACGUUUCCGUGUCCUGACAAUUAACACUUUCCUCUCCCUGUGCCAGAGCCCUUUGUCUUUGAGGCACAAUGAAGCCCUCAUGGACAUGCGUUAUUGGCUGAAUAGGCGAUGGCGCAAAUCAAACACCCCGCAGCUGGCCUUCGCCGAGCUUUUACUGAAACCUUUGGGUGUGUCGCUGACAGACGUCCCUCCGCCUUGCUGCCCCCUCUUCUGCCCAUCUGUGAAGGUUGAGGAUGCCUUUCAACCCGGCACCAGUUUUACAGACCACAACAAGCUUGAGGUAAUCCUCAAUCGCCACAUUGACCGCUUUCCUGAACACCUGGUGGUAGCAACUGACGCGUCCGUCUCUGGUCAGCGCGCCGGCGUGGGCCUCGUUUUCCCCCGUCUUGAUGGUCACUUCCCCAUCCGCCUCCCUGACUACAUCCCAGUCUUUGAGAGCGAAUUCCUCGCUAUUGUUCUGGCUCUUAGGAUGGUCCCUGCCCGCUAUUGCAAGACGCUGCUCCUAUCAGACUCCCUAUCAGUCAUCUCAUCUCUGGCGAACCCGUCUAGCCCACUGCUGCAAUUGCUUGCCUCCCUCACUCCGCCCCACAUCUCCGAAGUCGUGCUAACGUGGAUCCCCGGACACAAGGGCCUCACGCUCAAUGAAGCAGCCGACAGCCUGGCGAAGAUCUCCCUUACUGGGUCCAUCAUCGAUACCUUGCCACCGCUUCCCCAAAUCGUUAAAUCCAGAUACCGGAGAUUCUUGGAGCUUUCAGCGUGCCGCUCACUUCCCCCCAGAUACGACCACCUGUCAUCUCCAUGGCAGCCCGACUGCUGCUCCUCGCGCCUCAUAGAGGUAUUCUUAACGCGCGCCCGGUGCCUUGCCCUCCCCCUAAACUUCUACCUGCAUCGGGCCGGCGUCCACGAUUCGCCAUUGUGCCCACACUGUGGACAGGACGAAACAGUGGAACACUUCUUCCUCCACUUCCUCUUCAUCCACUGUCGCCUCUACGAUCGACUUCGCCAGAACUAUCUGGUUCGCCCUCUGAAAAUGCAAGGCGCCCCCCUCUGCCUAGGCUCUCUUAUAUCGUUCGGGUCUUCGCAUGCUGGGAGGUGGAACCGGACGGUAGCAUCUAGUGUGGCUGCCUUCAUGACUCUUAGCCAGCGCUUUUGA